AUGUCCCCAACCAUUACAAUGUCAGACACAAAGUACCCGCCCGUCAAGCAGAGCACACCUCAAACCGAUGAGGAGCAAGUAAAUCUUCCCCAAAGUAAAUCUACAUGUUGUAUCGUUGACACUUCGCAACAGGAGAAUGUCGACGUAGUCAAAGAGUAUAUGCGCCUCGCCUACUCACCUAACGAGAACAAAGGUGCCCAAACUGUUGCUCAUCUCUGCCACGAGGACGCCUACUUCAUCGCCCCAACUACCUUCCCCGGCGUCAACUCGCCCCAAGAAUACGCAGAGUCGCAUUCCAAAGUCAUGGCCGCGGUAUCCGAUCUACACAUCGACUCUUACGAUGUCAUCUUCGCAAAGGGUGGUCAUGUGUGCCUGAGGUACAGUGCUAGUGGAAGUCACUGCGGCGAGGCACACAAUGGUAUCAAGGCCAGUGGGAACAAGGCAGCGUGGCAUGCAGCAGCCAUCUUCGAGGUGGAAGAUGGCAAGAUCAAGGGCUGGAUCAAAGAGUGGGACAAGUUGCAUAUGUGGAAGCAGCUGGGCUGGAUGAAGGGAGAUGAGUAUAUGUGA